UGCCAGUAACAGUAAAAAAUUAAGGUUACUCGCGUCAAUAUUUGACUUUAACCAUUUAUCAUUAAAAAAAAAUUAUAGAUAAAUGUGGAUAUUAGAAAAAAUAGGUCUAUUUGGUUGUUUCUCAGAGAUGUAUGAAUUAAAAAAAUUAUCUUCCGCUUAACUUUCCAGAAGAAAUAAAGAUAUUUGUCCCUUAAUCUUUGAUUUCGUCUUUUCAAAAGGAGGUUUUCGCUGAUGGUGUAGACAUACUCUUACACGAAACAAAUUAAAAUUUGAAAUGCUCAUAUAGAAUUAAAAUAAAAUAUGGAAAAAAUCGAGUGUCCAGUUUGCUCAAAAGAAUUUCCUCUACUGGUUAUUGAAGAACAUGUCAGUCGAUGCUUGUUCUUGAGUGAACCAUCACAAGUAUUACAAGAAAGCCACGGUGUGCAAAAAAGACCGGCUUCUAAAGAGAAAAACAACAGCCCUGUUUUAAAAAAAUCUAAAUCAGAGUACAAAAAAUGUGGAAAUUUGCAGAAUAAGUUUUCAUCUUCUAAUCCUUCUAAUUCGGAAAAUAAUGUUGAAGAAAUAAGUAUUAACAUGAACAGUAAGAAUGAAGGUCAUCACCAUCAGAAAGAUGUUGCAGGUAGUAAGGCACAUCUUCCACUUGCUGAAAGAAUGAGGCCUUCGUCUCUUACAACUUACGUUGGACAGGAACAUAUUCUUGGACCACAGUGUCUAUUACAUCAAUUACUAAACAAAGCAGAAAUACCUAACAUUAUUCUUUGGGGUCCACCAGGAUGCGGAAAGACUUCUUUGGCAAAUGUCAUUGCUGGAAUAUGUAGGAAUGAAAAACAAAAACUUCGCUAUGUUAAGCUGUCUGCUGCUUCUUCAGGCGUGAAUGAUGUUAAGGAAGCAGUUAGUCUCGCUGCUAAUGAGUUAAGGUUUGGUCGACGAACAGUCAUGUUUAUGGAUGAGAUUCAUCGAUUCAAUAAAUUGCAACAAGAUAUAUUUUUACCUCACGUAGAGUCUGGUAAAAUAACUUUAAUAGGUGCAACUACUGAAAAUCCAUCUUUCAGUUUAAAUUCCGCUCUUCUUAGCCGCUGUCGUGUAAUUGUUUUGGAAAAAUUGUCAACUCAAAAUGUAGUAGUUAUUUUGAAAAAUGCUGUAAAAUUCUUAAAAGGCCAUGAUACUUCACACGAGGGGGUCAAUUCUGAGUUUCUCAUAGAUUAUGCGACCUUGGAGUGGCUGGCAGAAACAUGCGACGGAGAUGCUAGAAUAGCUCUUGGUGGAUUAGAAUUAGCUAUUCAAUCAAAGGUUUCUGGUGAAAACGAAAGUCUCAGUACAAGCCAAUGUGUAAUAACGUUAAAUGAUGUAAAAGAAAGUCUUAAGAAAACACAUAUGCUCUAUGAUCGAAAAGGUGAUCAACACUAUGAUAUUAUUUCUGCUUUACACAAAUCGUUACGAGCAAGCGACGAAAACGCCUCUAUAUACUGGUUGGCUCGAAUGAUGUCUGGCGGGGAAGAUCCAGUUUAUAUUGCUAGAAGAUUAGUGCGAUUUGCGAGUGAAGACAUCGGGUUGGAAGAUACAAAUGCAUUGAGUGUUGCAGUGAAUACUAUGCAUGCUUGUAAAAUGAUUGGCAUGCCUGAAUGUGAUGUCUUACUGGCACAGUGUGUUGUUUAUUUGGCUAGAGCACCAAAGUCCAGAUUAAUGGAAGAUGUUCUUAGAGCAGCUCAAAAAAUUAUUGCAGAACAUAAAGGUCCACAACCUUCUGUACCUUUAGUUUUGCGAAAUGCUCCAACCAGGCUAAUGGAAAAAUUAGGACAUGGAGCAGGUUAUAAUAUGCAGCACAAGGAUUAUUCUGGUUUAACUUACCUUCCUGAAGGUUUAGAGCAUAUUAACUUUUUCAACAUAAAGCCGUAAACAUCUUGAUCGUGUAUUAAGAAUAUAAAAUAUUUUUUGUAUUUGUUA